GUUUUAGCGAAUUCGUCGCGCGCGGUAACUAAAACGGGCGACGAGCUGAAAGACCAGCAGCCAGAACAGAUUUCGUUAUCCAUGUCCAUGUCCAUAAUAUAAGUCUGUGUGUGUGCGUCUGCUUGUGUUCGCUCCAAUCGCCAGUGUAAAAAAAAAAUCAAAAAAGAAAAACAGAAAAAUAAAAAACGAACUGUAAUUUUGUCUGCACAGUUCUGUGACUUGUAAUUUCGUAUAUUUUAAAAUAAUAACCGCGCGCUUUCUUUGCACCGAGAGCCGAACAACAUACCCUGCCGCCGCCAGAAAGGACAAUUCAAGUUCAAAGUUUCUGCUGGAGGCUGCGUAAACAUCAAAGCGAACUCGUGUUUGUUUUUGUUCUUCGGAUCAGGAGAAUCUACUUGGCAGAAUGGUGCACACGUCCACCGAGAACAGGUCAAGGACCUUGCCCCAAUAUGUUGCCGCCCUGGCAGCAGCUGGCGGCGCCUUCGCGGCCGGUACACUGCUUGGCUGGACAUCGCCGGCAGAGACUAGCAUCGUGAAGGACGAUUUCUAUGGAUUUGAGGUGUCCGAUGAGAGCUACUCGUGGGUCAGCUCGUUCAUGACCCUUGGUGCCGCCUGUGUGUGCAUACCGAUUGGUUUCCUCAUCAACAUGAUCGGACGCAAAUGGACAAUGCUGCUGCUCGUGUUGCCCUUUGUCUUGGGCUGGGCAUUGCUGAUCUGGGCACAGAAUGUGGUCAUGAUGUUUGUGGCACGCUUCAUUCUGGGUAUCGCUGGCGGUGCCUUCUGCGUGACAGCACCCAUGUACACCGGCGAGAUUGCCCAAAAGGAUAUCCGUGGCACACUCGGCAGCUUCUUUCAGCUGAUGAUCACCCUCGGUAUUUUGUUUGUAUAUGGCAUUGGUGCCGGUCUAGACGUAUUUUGGAUGAGCGUCGUUUGCGGAAUUUUGCCAAUUAUCUUUGGCGUUAUAUUCUUCUUCAUGCCGGAAUCGCCCACAUAUUUGGUUUCAAAGGAUCGCUCAGAGGCGGCUGUCAAAUCGAUUCAAUGGCUGCGUGGCAAGGAAUACGACUAUGCACCCGAAUUGGAGGAGCUUCAUCAAACCGAUCGCGAAAUCCGUGAGAAUAAAGUGAAUAUCAUGGCAGCACUGGGCCGUCCCGUUACAAUCAAGGCAUUGUCCAUCAGCUUGGGGCUCAUGUUCUUCCAACAAUUGAGCGGCAUUAACGCUGUCAUUUUUUACUCGAAGGCCAUCUUUGAGGACGCCAAAACUGAUAUCGACGCCAGCAUGUCAACAAUUCUGAUCGGUGUGAUGCAGGUGGUGGCGACCUUUGUGUCCACACUGGUGGUGGACAAGCUCGGACGACGCAUUCUGCUGCUCGCCUCCGGAAUUGUGAUGGCGCUCUCAACCACCGCCAUUGGCGUGUACUUCUUUCUGAAGGAACGGAACGAGGAUAGUGUGGAGAAUCUGGGCUGGCUGCCUGUGGCCAGCCUGUGCAUAUUCAUGAUUAUGUUCUCGAUUGGCUACGGCCCGGUGCCCUGGCUGAUGAUGGGCGAGCUCUUUGCCACCGAUAUCAAAGGAUUUGCGGGCUCUAUUGCCGGCACCACCAACUGGGUGCUGGCCUUUGUCGUAACGAAAACAUUUAAGAAUCUUAACGACGGAUUGGGCAGUGGUGGCACCUUCUGGCUAUUCGCUGGCGUUACUGUAGUUGGCGUCAUUUUCGUCUUCUUUGCCGUGCCUGAGACAAAGGGCAAGAGUCUGAACGAGAUUCAACAGGAAUUGGCUGGCCAUCGAAACUCGCUCCGAGUGCAGCCAACGAAUGUUGCCGAGAAGUAAACUGAGCUCUGUUAAUUUGUAUGAGUUUUUUUUAUAUUAUAUUUUAUUUAAAUUUAACUUUAUGUUAGGUGAAAAGUCGAGUUCCGUUUCCAAUUGAUGAAUUUGUUAGAAUUUAAUGUGUGAAGACACUUUUAUCGGCACAGCUACAAAAAUCGAGAAUUGGAGAGAGAUAUAUACUACAUAUAGAGAAAGCAAGUGAAAGAGAUAAAGACAAGGAAAGAUUCUAAGAAUGAAGACUGAAGGUCAACUGCAUUAUAAGCAGAAUUAGGCAGAUAUGUAAGGGCUCUCUUUAAACUAACCCACACGCCAUAAAACUAUCGCUACCUUCAAGUGGCCAUAGAAAAGACAAUAGAUAUCAAUAAUAAAAUACAUAUAUAUACACAAACACACACGGAUGUACACAGUAAAAGUUAUGAAAUGUUUUCGUGUAAUUCUGAGCAUGCGUGUUUUUUUUAUGUAUUAUCUACAGAUUGUCUGUGUGUUAUUCGAAACAUUCAGUUUUUUGUGUAAGCAUUUUAGCCUGUUUAGUUUUAAGCCACGCAUUUUGCCAACAUAUUUAUUUACUAAAACGGUUUUUAAAUUCAUUUUGAAUAUGAUUUUUAUACAUUAUUUAAUAUCAAACAUUUCGAAUCGCAAAAUAACUAAAAAAAAAAUAUUAAAUCGCGAUCGCUGCUUAUCAAAGCUCAAACGUUAAGGCGUUAUAUAUCAUUGUUAAUGUAUCUGCAUCCAUUUUGAAAAUAUUGAUGUAAAUUAUAAAUUCAUAUAUAUAUACCAAGUACCAUAUGUAUAUGAUGCAGAUAAAAAGUAGUGAGAAUUAUAUUAAAUAUAUGUAUGUUGUAAAUAAAAAUAUCUCGUUUUUAAUACCAUAUCCGUCACGAUUUGCCAGCGAGAUUAAAUAUCAA